AUGGCCAGACGAGCGAACAAACAGCAGUCUCACAACGCGUCCAAGCAGAUCAAAGCUACCAACAAGCAACCUCCCGAAUUUCAGGUACCUGUGUCGACUACAGCGUCACAUCCAUCGUUAGAAGAAGCUCAACCACCACCAUCCAGGAAGUCCCUCCUCAGGAGUCUCGGCGACAUCCGUACACAACGAUCGCUCCAACUGAUCCUCCUCGCCUCGCUACAAGCAGCGGUAUCUCAACUCAACCUAUCUCCAGUAUACGGCGCAGUCCCAGCCGCGCUGUACCAUCGAUAUGGGCUGACUGUGUCCUUUCUCGUCGCCUUCUUGCUACGAGGCUAUCUGCCUCCAUGGGUCGGACGGGCCAUCACGCCGUUUUGUUUCUCGGUCCCAGCUGUACAAUUCGUCGCUUUCCGGUUCAGUUGGUACCUCGGCAACCCCCUGGGUCCGGUGCUUACGGAAUGCUUGACGUGUUACCCCCUGGUGGCAUUGUCAGUGUACAUGUCCCUGCAGUAUCUGGACGAGAUCAACGCCUCCUCUUCCUCGACAAGUGUUGGUGGUGCUGAUGCGUUCCCCGCCAUGGGCCUAUUUGCGCUCAUGACCGUGCUCCAGAGGGCGUCCAAGGCGUUCGUUGCGUCUCUCACAGGGCCCGGGUUUCUCAAGUCGCGCAUCGGCAUGCAAUUGCUGAUAGCGUCAUUGUACGGGGCGGUGUUGCCAAGUAAUAUCAUCUGGCCUUCCCUUCCCGCGGUGGCGUUUACCAUGGUCGCGAACCCACAUUGCUCAUUGUCCAGAACUACAGAGGUCCUCAACAAUACCCUGGCGCUCUACGACUACACGCUGUUGGAACGCAAGGAGUCGGUGACGGGUUACAUUUCCGUCUUGGAGGACCAUGGUCGUGGGUUCCGGGUGAUGCGGUGUGAUCACAGUCUUCUCGGCGGGGAGUGGAAGAUGUCUUCGCCACCUGGGAAUGUCGCUUCGACAAGAAGAGUGGGAGAACCUAUAUACGCCAUCUUUACCAUGCUUGAAGCUGUACGACUCGUUGAGACUCCGCCAUCGUCAUCGUCGAAAGAUACCAAGGUGAAGGCUAAGACGAAGGGGAAGGGGUCGAAGGUGAGAGAUAAUGGCACAAAGGAGGAGGAGGAAGAUGCCGCCGCAUCGAAGAAGAAAAAAGCACUCAAUAUAGGUCUGGGUGUCGGCACCGCGCCCUCGGCCAUGAUCGCUCACGGCGUCGACACGACCAUCAUCGAGAUCGACCCCGUCGUGCACGAGUUUGCGAUCAAGUACUUUGGUCUCCCGCACAAUCACACCUGCGACAUUGUCGACGCCGUGGCCGCCGUCGCGAACAGGACCACCUACGAGGCCGACGCGUACGACUACAUCAUCCACGACGUGUUCACGGGCGGCGCCGAACCGGUCGAGUUGUUCACGACGCAGUUCCUCUCGGGCCUGCGGACGCUUCUCAAACCCGACGGCGUCAUCGCGAUCAAUUACGCGGGCGACAUUGCCAUGCCCGCCUCGUCGGUUAUCCACCGGACCAUUACGUCGGUGUUUCCGUCGUGUCGCGUCUUCAGGGAAGACGAAGCGCCAGCAGAAGGGGGAGGUGGAGACACGCACAAAGUCGACUUUACGAACAUGGUCUUCUUCUGCCAGAAACAACCCGGCAUGCCCAUCACGUUCCGCAAGCCCGUCGAGGCCGACUUCCUAGGCAGCGGCGCGCGGAGAGAGUACAUGAUGCCCCGCCACGAAAUAGCCGCGAGUGCGUUCAACAACUCGGGGACCGUCGAUGUCGACGUCCUGCAGAGCGGUAACACGAAACUGCUCGAAAAGUACCAGGCCCAGAGUGCCAUUGGACACUGGAGGGUCAUGAGGACCGUCCUUCCUGAUGUGGUGUGGGAGAUGUGGUAG